UUUGACGCGAUUCGCGAAAAGUAAAUAAAUAAUUUCAGUAAAAUGAGGUUAAUAUCAGCAUUGUUUUUUAAAAAAUCUGUUAAUGGCCAUAUUUUUCGUGGUAAAUACCGUCUGGUAAAGCGAGUUACUCCCAUGGCGAUCAAGACGCUUGGGAAGGAGCAUGCACAGACUGAGUAUAAUAUGUCAUUGCUGCUACACCCGUUUUUAAAUUUGGAGCAAUCCUCUGGUCAUGCUCUGGAAUUAAAGAAAAAAGAUGUUUCAAUCACGAAAUGGCGAGAACUACAAUUGAAAAUGAAAACCCAUGUUACGAUUGAAGAACGUUUGAAGCAUCUGAACCACAAAAAUGAGUGGGAUUAAACUAAGUCAUAAGUCAAUUUAUUUACGUAUUUACAAAUAAAUCGCUUGUUUAAAAUCUAUAAAGAAAUCACUGUUUUCAUAUUCAUUGAGGUAUGUGCUGUUUGGUAGAGCACCGUAACGGGAGUCCACAAUUUAGAAAUCCACUAGAAAUUUUUUAUUCACUCCCAAAGUCACACAAUACGCGAUUAUUUGCACAAAUGUUUAUCCAGUUGCGGCCGCAUGGUCAAUCUAUGCAAAGGGAGCUGGAACAUGAUCAAAUGCUUAUAACAAAAAUAUCUGA